AUGGCGGCGUCCGGCUCCCCGGGGCCAACCCGAGUCCCUGCCCGGAGGAAACCCCGGAGACCGGCACCGCCGCCGCCGGCCGGCCGCCUGCCUGCGGUGGGAGAUGAAGAAAUGAAGUUACCUCCGGACGGUCCCGUCGGCGGAGGCUGUGGCGGGGCGCAGAGCGGGGAGUCGGGGCAGCCGAGCAGGUCCCGGCGCGGCGGCGGCGGCUACCGCAGUGCCCUCCGCCCCAUUGUUUCCCUUCCAAGAGGCUCCCGGCGAAGCCGAGCCCGGGAACCAGGAAGUUCCCCGGCGCGACACCUCCUGCCGCCGCUAUGGAAACGGCCCCCGCCUCCCAGGGCGGCUCGCCCGGGACCCCGCCUCCGCGCCGCCGGCCCCGCCCGCCUCACGGGCCGCCGCCAACCGUCGCCGCUGCGGCCGCGGCCGCCGCCAUCUUGGCGCGGCCGGGCGGCCCUUUCCCGGCGGCACGUGCGCGCCGCUCCCGCGUUCCCGCCGGCCGCGGGGGCGCGCUUCCAGGGCUGCGGGGUGCGGACGCAGCUCCCCGGGAUCCCGGGCUGGAAGCGGCGCCUCUGA